AAAUAAAGGAAAUAGUAAUAGUGCCCGAGUGUUAGCCUGUCACGGGUAUUACCGUUACCAUGGAAAUAAACCGUUCUACGUGAAAAGGUGUACUGGGCUGUCGAUGAUGUUACGUCAAGAAUGAGUACCUUUAGUUCGUAGUGUAUAUGACCGACAAUAGGAACGAUGUCAUGGUACAUAGGAAUUUUAAGACAUGAAUAAUCAUUUCAGCCUGCUUACGUAUCCAAUGUUUGUGUAAACACACGUCUGCUCAGUGGCAACUUUCGGUUUAAAUUUACUUUGUACAACACAGGUUUAACCGUGAAGAGUCAUUCCAAUAUGGCGGGGAGAUUUUUAAGACUGAGUGAAUCAACGGUCCAGAGUGCUAGAUUUACAGGGGGUAACACUGUGACGGAAGCAAAGAUGACCGUAGCCGAAGUGCUUCGGGAGGACAAGAAUAAUAUCGAUAUAGUAGAAAAAGGCGCCAUUGUGGACGGAAUUAGAUUGGUGAAGGACAUGGAGAGCCCCCUACACGUGGUAGUCCACAAUUCCGACAGACAACUUCCUUAUUGGCGCCAAACAGAGGAGAAGGACAUUGUGAACCCGUGGGAGGAGGAACCGCGAUGUCUGAUGUCAUGUGGCCACGCCCUCACCCCUGACAAUCUGUACGGAUACUGCUGGAGUCAGCUCACAGAACAAACGUCAUCCUUCCGGUGCUUUGCUGACGUCAACAGUCGACGCUGCGACUGGGAAUGGUUUUUCCCGGAAGUGGCAGAAAACGCAUGCUUGUCAAAGGACGAACGUAUUUUGUUUGAAUCGCGCAUCAACCGGAACUGGGUAAAUUUGUCAGCGGGAGUUCGUGAGUGUCCAUUUUGUCGUUGCGUGUGCGAACGACAGAAACCCGACGAUCCACACGUGCUGUGUGUGUACUGUCAGAACGCUGGCGAACCUAAUUGUCAUUUCUGCUGGUAUUGUCUAUAUCCUUGGAAGGAUCACCAUAGCUGCACCAAAGAUUCCGCACGACAGAUACUCAGUACCUGCCCACGUAAAGAAAUAGUGAAAGUGACCGGCUGUCCAUCCAUUCGCGCAUGCCCAGGCUGUAAAAUUUUGAUCGAACACAAAGAUCAGUGUAAGCACAUGGACUGUCGUAACUGUAAGACCAGCUUCUGUUUCAUCUGUCUAGAGGUCAGAGGUCAACGGGGCUUUUCGUGUGGCUCUUAUAACACCAAGUGCGCCGUUGCAACAAUACAAACUGUGACGUAAACAAUGUGCCAAGCAUUGGAUUGAGCUAUAACACGUUGUGGUGUUCCAGAAACCGUUGUUAUAUAUGUGUUGAUAUAUAAUAUUUGACACCGGUGUAGAGAAAAGGAAAUGAUCCUGUAUCAGAGUUAAUUAAAUUAAAUUUAAUGCUUUUUUCACAACAAAUUUAAUGUGAUUACAUAGUAGCAGUAAUUUAUUAGCAUGGUCGUUUAACGUCGCUGAGUAAGUACCCAUGCCUACGUACGUUAUUGUUUGUAUCCGAUAAGGAAGUAGUACUAGUACAAUGUGGUAGAUUUAUUCAAUGUCUAAUUCUUAGCUGGCCGUUUAACUGGACUCUGUUUUAUAGAGUUAUUAGGUAUGACCUAAUGAUGUUUUAGUGAUACUAUUUACAUUUCCACUGCGUGUUCCUCUUUAAGCAUUACCAGAUGAAAUUGCCUUCAUAGAGCAAUGAAGGCAGUUUGAUUAGUGAGUCAUUUGAAGCUUUCCUCUAACCACGAUUAACAUGAGACUACUGUUAGAAUCAAACAUUUUAAUGACUGACGUUAGGCUGUUCCAGGAAAUUUGUUUGCUCUGACGACACAGACCGAAAAUGUAAAGGAAUGUAUAUUUAGGUGAAUAAUAAGAAAAUAUUUAGAAUGUAAAUGUAAGGAUUUAACAGCAUCCUGUUCAAUGGUCAUGCUGGUAUGAACUCAAAUCAGUUACAUACAUAUGUAUCAUGAAGCCCUAUCGAGCUUCACGGAAUAUAUAUGUAACCGAGUUGCGGUCAUACCGGCAUGAAAUUGAAAAGAAAUGCAGUUCAAUCCUUAUAAACACAGUGUCCUUGUCCACACUACAAUUUCCUACAUAAACAUAAAUUAUGUAAACUUUGCUUGUUGUUUUACCUUUCCGAUUACUCAGUAAAAUGUGUUGAAAUCA